GCUGAUUGUUAGAAACGUCAUAACUUUGCGGUAGGGGAAGUGUUUAUCAUUCCUGUACUUUCAGCAAUUUUAGUUUUAUUUAAUUCUUUAAAAGUUUAAUUAAGAAUUCUGUGAAUAUGUUGAAAUCGUCAUGUAGAUUAUUCAAAUCACUGAAUUUGGCCAAUGUGAGAAAGGUCAAUAAACUCCAGACGAAAUUAUUCGGGACGUCCCCAGUGGAUCACUUAGGAUUAAUUCCGAUCGUCGUCGAGCAGACUGGGCGCGGAGAACGAGCCUACGAUAUAUUUUCGAGGCUACUGAAGGAAAGGAUCAUUUGCCUGAUGGGACCCAUACACGACGAUCUCAGUUCCCUGGUCGUAGCGCAACUGCUCUUCCUACAGUCAGAGAACGGCACAAAACCUAUCCAUAUGUACAUAAAUUCACCGGGAGGAGUUGUUACCGCGGGACUGGCGAUUUACGACACAAUGCAAUAUGUGAAACCUCCAAUCGCCACUUGGUGCGUGGGCCAAGCCUGCUCGAUGGGAUCGUUGCUUCUCGCGGCUGGCGCAGAAGGCAUGAGGUAUUCGCUGCCGAACUCACGGAUCAUGAUCCACCAGCCGUCUGGGGGCGCGCAAGGGCAAGCAACGGACAUCCAGAUCCAAGCGGAAGAGAUCGUCAAGCUGAAAAAGCAGCUGAUCGGAAUAUACUCGAAACACACAAAGCAGGAGUACGACAAGCUCAGGGAUCUCAUGGAGCGCGACAAGUUCAUGAGUCCCGAGGAGGCCAAGGAACUGGGUCUCAUCGACAACGUGCUCGUGCACCCGCCCAAGACAGCCGCAGAAAGCGAGACGAAAAACGUCCCAGCGGACUCGACUGCAUAGACAAGUGCCCUAGGUAGAAAUCGCCACUUUUUAUUCAACCAGUUACGCUUUGGGUUAGGCAAUAAAUCUCUACUGUUACGAACUCUUAAA